AUGGAUAACACAGAUUUAAAAAUUUUAAUUGAUGAUUUAGUACUUUAUCAAAAUUUUCUUAGUUAUUAUGAAUUAAAAUCAUAUCUCCAAAAACAUAAUAAAAAUAUAACGGGUGAUGAUAUGGAAUAUUAUUAUCCAUAUUAUAAAAAUGAAAUUUUGAAAUAUCAUAAUAAAAUAAUUUCUGAAAUUAAAGACAAAAUUAAAAAUAAUGAAUAUACAAAGGGAAAAACUAAAUCACAACUUAAACAGUUGAAAGAUUUCAAAAAUAAAGUAUUAACAGAAGAAGAUAUUGAUGAAUUAUAUAAUUUAUAUAAUCCUGAGCCGCAAAAACCAAAAGAACAAAAACAAAAGAUGCAAAACACCCAGGUCCUUCAGACCAUAAAUGAAGCACAAGCUUUAAUUUAUGAUUCAUUAGUUAAACCAUAUUCAGCCCGACUUUUAAAUGAAGAUCAACUUUUGGAAUUCAUCCUUCAACAUAAACUCGAAGCGGGAAAGUAUAUCAAACCUUUAUAUACAGCAUAUUUAAAACAAAUGAAUAGAAUACAUCCAGAAUUAAUGAAGGAAGGAAUGAAAUCCAAAAUCAAAGCAGAUAAAAUUAAACCACUUGCAACACCAAAACCUCCAACGACAGUACCGCCUCCUCCUUCAGUUAAUCCUUCAUCAUUCACUUUAUUAUAUCCAUUUCAAACAUUAAAGAAGCAAAAAGAUUUUAAAAAGGAUUUCAAGAUAUUAAAUAAACCAAUUGACCCGAAAAUUCAACCGUUAAAGGAAAAAUUUAG